AUGGCCAGCUUCUAUCAACCACUCGAUACAUCGGCCAGAGAGAUACGUCUUGUGACCGUGGAAGCUGGUAAGGGGGAUGAGAUCCAUUGCAAGCUCAACACCGUCUCCUUAGACGGCGACCUGCCUCAAUAUGAAAGCGUCUCUUACUGCUGGGGCGACAUCACCAAAAAGUCCAGUAUCGUGCUUGAUGGCCAGACGACGGUGGAUGUCUCAAAGAAUGCCCACGCAGCCUUGAUGCGCAUCAGAGAUCCGAAUAUCGAUAGGACGAUCUGGAUAGAUGCCAUCUGCAUCAAUCAGACUGACGUGGAGGAGAGAGGUAGCCAGGUCUCAAAUAUGCACCUGGUCUAUCACCGUGCAACAAGGAAUCUGAUCUGGCUUGGUGAA